AUGCGAGAUAUUGACAAGAACCUCUCUCUCCGUGGAGAGAAAUAUCGUCAUGAUUACCUGUGGAUGCCGAGGUGGCUAAGGACGCGUAUGGAGCUAUCGGAGGUGUACCUACUAUCGAUCACCAGCGUGGCUGAAGGAGAAGCCGAAGGACUUGACUCCAAAGACGUUGACGUCAAAGCGGUUCCCUUUUCGUCUGAAAGUACACGAGGAUACACCAAGCGUAGCUUGUUGAAUGAAUCCUUUACAGACAGCGACUGUAUUCAUUGGGUCGUGUUUGUCGUGCUUGCUGGAGACGCUAAUGGUGCCGAUUCAGUGGCGCGCGCUGCUGAAGGGUCGUCUCCUGGGAGAACUAGUCUUUCAAAAUCACACUUGAGCUUCAACGCGUGUUUCGUCGAGCUUACCGAGCACGAGAUAAUUAGCCACAGGGUCCAGCUGACCACGCACACCUUAGCAUCUACAGCCUUGUGGUCCUACGUACUGGCGGAGAGACAUUUGGGCGUCGACGGCGGAUUCGUCUGGAACGACGAUGUGGUGCUUGCCAGUGGUUUGACCGUCUUGCUAGCCGCUACUAGCCGCCUACUGCGGUGGGGCGAGGCCUCCAAGGGCCGACGCACGCCUAAGCAAGUCGCUGAGGACAGAUACGCCCGGUGGACGAAGGACCUUAAGGAGCAGAAGCAGGCCGAGCGCCUCAGCGUAGCGUUCUGGAAGGCCGACGGCUGUGUGGGUCCCAAGCCAAAGGUGCGUCGGCUGAGCGAAGUGCGGGCGCGCCGACAUGCUCACCGUGCCCGGAAAGCUGAUCAAGGCCCUACGGGUGCUCGACGAGGGCGUCAAGCUUCAGUCGGGGAGAGUGUCACGAGUGGUUCUGGCGGCCACCGUCUUGGGCACGGUGAGUUCCGUUACCCUCCUCCGCACUUUUCGACGGCCGACCAGAUUCGUGUGGGCCACGCAUUCGAUGACGCCAUGCAGGGCCACGACGGAGUCGCUGAGAAGUUGUGGACCGGCCUCGGUCUCCGACAGUGUAUCCUCGCGGUGAGGCGGUGGGGUGUGCGGUACCGCCUCGCUGUCGUGGUGGACAAAAUCGUGGACGAUGAUUGUGAAACGGUGCCUGACGGCGGGAACGAGGACCGUGGAGGGCGAAGUGCUGGUCGCAAGGAAGAAAGUAAGAGGUCAGUCGUGAAUUUUCCUUGGAGACAACAAGCAGAAAAGAACUUGUGUUGA